AUGACUGGCCUCUUCUACAUUAUUCUAGUUUUCUCAUUCAUCCUCUUCCAUCUCUUCACAAAUCUCGCAGCCAAAUCGAUCAACGAAGACAAUCAUGAUUUCGCAAGAAGCUUAGACCCCAAGAUAUUGAAUCUCGAGAAAGAAAAGCUCACAUACAUGACCUUAUAUUGGCAUGAUCUUGCUGAAGGCCAAAACCAAACAUCAAUUGUAUCCGCACCACCCAGCAAGACAUCCGCCACAAGAUUCGGCCAAAUUAGGGUUAUGGACGAUCCCAUGACCGCAGAGCCUAAUCCUAGGUCGAAAGUAAUCGGAAAGUCACAAGGAUUGUCCGCGUACGCAGCACAAGAAGAGUUCGGCUUAUCGAUGGUACUGAACUUUAUAUUCACAGAAGGGAAGUACAAUGGUAGCUCAUUUACCACAGUUGGACGGAACAAUUUUCAAGCGAAGGUGAGAGAGAUGCCAAUUGUCGGUGGUACUGGGCUUUUUAGGUUUGCUAGGGGUUAUGUGAAGGUUACAACUUACUAUUUUGUCUUCCCAGUUGCCAAUAUUAGGUUUGAUGCCUAUGUGUUGCACUAUUGA